UGUGCGGGCAGCUAAACAGGGGUCCUUCGUCUGGAGGUGACAUUCGUCUGGAUAGCAUUGACAAACGCUUCAACAUGGCUCAGGCAGUGCAGAAACUGGUCGCUAAAGUACCCACCCUGCUCGGCGCCGCUGUCACCUACUCAAAACCUCGGCUAGCGACCUUCUGGUACUAUGCCCGUGUUGAGCUUGUCCCACCUUCCCCUGCUGAGAUCCCCAAGGCCAUCGAGGGGGCCACAAACCUCGUCAAGAGUUUCCAGUCAGGACGUCUCGGUCAACUCACAGUGAAGGAUGCUGUAAGGAAUGGACUGGUGGCCACUGAAGUGUUGAUGUGGUUUUACAUUGGAGAGUGCAUCGGUAAAGGAGGCAUCAUUGGCUAUGAUGUCUGAAAUUUCGACUGUCAUGCUUCUUUUCUCUUUUAUUUGAGCGUUGUAUGCUCAACUUCCUUCAAGAAUCCUGGGAACCAAUAAACAGAUGUCUAUUGUUAAAAUAA